AUGUCCUAUCGGUGUAUGUACAGCUCCGCCGCGUCCCAGUUGGUUGACACUGGCGCGUCUCUUCUGCAAGCUCUCGGACGCCACAGGAGGCCAGAACGUGCUCUGCUUCGACGCCGGGUUCGGGAGUUCCUGCAAAGACUAGGUCUGCACUUGGACGGCGGCGCCGACAUCGAGCAGGAGCAAAUUCGGAUGCAGCUUGAGGAACAACUGAGGCGGGCGAAAUCGGACCUUCAGAACACGCAGCGAGCCUGUCUAGACUUGGAGGAUGAAGUGAAGCGGACCAACGUCGCUCUUAGCAGAUUAACUCAGGAUAGCGACCGGGCAGAGAAACGGUUGCAAUCGCUGCAGCAUUUGAAACCGGCCUUUCUGGAAGAUCGUAAGAAGCUUAUGGCGGAACUGCAAGAGACAUACGAUGUGUACAUCGCGUGCGUGCGCAACGAGCGAUAUCUUGAGAUGGAAACGGAGGAAAGGCAGGCAAAGAUCCGCGAGGGUCUGCUCGAGCAGCAGAAACUCCUUCAAAACCUCCAACAGAAAAUCAAGGAGGAGGCCGCCGCCGCUGUGGAUUGCCUGUUUGACGGGGACACCUCAGAGGAGGAAGGUGAUCCAGAGGGUGAGGGACAGUCCCGAAACUCAGUUCGCGGAAAACGCAGAACAACGCGGGCGAGUCCACGAAACGACGAAGCGGAAGAAAACGGCGAAGCUGGACGACAGCGGCUUUCUGAGGCGCCGCUCCGAAGGCAACUACGGAGGCGUGGAGACGGCGAAAUGAUAGAAAGCGACGGCUCUGAGGAAGGCUACUCUGGGGGGAGAAGACACCAUGGAGCAGAUUCUCACCCCGUUUUUGUGCUCUGGUUCUUCAUUUUCGCUCCUGUCCCUGCAUUCGAAGAAACCCGUUUCCUAGCUGUCCUCUCUGUGCUUUUCAAUCAGGUGCCUCGAAGGAGACAUCCGGCGGACCGUAGACCGGCAGAUGCCUCCCCUGCGUGUGGUGAACACUCACUAGCCUCGUCGUGCUCGAAGCAAGACCAAGACGACUCGUUGUUCGGUAGCGACGGUUCCUUCUCCGAAGAAGAGAGGCCGGAGCCGGGAAAGACGUCCGACGAACUGGACAGUCAACUCUUUCCACAGACAGACAGCCGGAGGGCGUCGGGGAAAAAGAGAGACAAACCGCCGAGCCUCGAUUUCCACACUUUGCUGAACAUCGGGAAGGACACGAGUGAUGAAAGCGAAUCGGAUGAAGUCCUCACAGCGACCGAAAGGAGGCGUGCCAAGGAAAAGGCUUUUCGCGAUGAAAUGGAAGAAUCCCUGUUCUAA